GAGCGCGCCGGAAAUGUGGGUUCUUUGGGCGCCGCUAGCAUUGAGGGGAGGAAGUUGGCCUUGGAGCGGCCUGGAUUGUUGGGGCAGGCCGCGGGCGGCAGCGGAGGCUGCUUGAACCACCGAAGAGCGGCACAAUGGGAGACGUGAUGGAUGCGGUGAUCCCGGAGCGGGAAAUGAAGGAUUUUGAGUUUAGAGCCCUGAAGAAGGUGAGAAUCUUUGACUCUCCCGAGGAGUUGCCUAAGGAACGCUCAAGUCUGCUUGCCGUGUCCAACAAAUAUGGUCUGGUCUUUAUUGGUGGAAGCAGUGGGUUGCAUAUUUUUCCCACUAAGGAUCUUCUUAUUCAAAAUGAACUCAAAGAUAAAUCUAGUAUAGUUGAUAAAGUUCAAGGCUUGCUAGUUCCUAUGAAAUUCCCCAUACAUCACCUGUCUCUGAGCUGUGAUAACCUUACACUCUCCGUGUGCAUGAUGUCCAGCGAAUAUGGUUCCAUUAUUGCUUUUUUUGAUGUUCGCACAUUUUCAAAUGAGGCCAAACAGCAGAAACGACCAUUUGCCUAUCACAAGCUUUUGAAAGAUGCAGGAGGCAUGGUGAUUGAUAUGAAGUGGAACCCCACCGUCCCCUCCAUGGUAGCAGUUUGUCUGGCUGAUGGCAGCAUUGCUGUCCUACAAGUCACAGAUACAGCGAGAGUGUGUGCAACUCUUCCUUCCACAGUAGGAGUAACGUCUGUGUGUUGGAGCCCCAAAGGAAAGCAACUGGCAGUGGGAAAACAGAAUGGAACUGUGGUCCAGUAUCUUCCUACUUUGCAAGAAAAAAAAGUCAUUCCUUGUCCUCCAUUUUAUGAGUCAGAUCAUCCUGUCAGAGUUCUGGAUGUGCUCUGGAUUGGUACAUACGUCUUUACAGUAGUAUAUGCUGCUGCAGAUGGGACCUUGGAAACUUCUCCAGAUGUUGUGAUGGCUCUACUCCCGAAAAAAGAAGACAAGCACCCAGAGAUAUUUGUGAACUUUAUGGAGCCAUGCUACGGCAGCUGCACUGAGAGACAGCAUCAUUACUAUCUCAACUACAUUGAAGAAUGGGAUUUAGUGCUGGCAGCUUCUGCAGCUUCAACUGAAGUUAGCAUCCUUGCUCGACAAAAUGAUCAGAUUAACUGGGAAUCUUGGGUACUCGAGGAUUCUAGCCGAGCUGAACUGCCUGUGACAGAUAAGAAUGAUGAUUCUUUGCCCAUGGGAGUUGCCAUAGAUUAUACUAACCAAGUGGAAAUUGUCAUCAAUAAUGAGAAGUCUCUUCCUCCUGCUCCAGUUCUCAUGUUACUUUCAACAGAUGGUGUACUUUGUCCAUUUUAUAUGAUCAAUCAGAACCCUGGCAUUAGAUCCCUCAUGAGGACACCAGAGCAGCUCUCCUUAGAAGGAGAGCGACAACCCAAGUCAUCAGGAAGUAUUCCCACUACCCCAACCUCCUCUCAAGCUCCACAGAAACUUGAUGCUUCCACAGCUGCAGCUCCUGUCUCUGCUUCACCUUCAUUGCCUCCAGCCUUCCCCUUCUCUUUGCCUUCUGUUGGUGGAACCCCAGCCAUGUUCUCCUUUGGCUCUUCCACCUUGAAAUCAUCUGAUUCUGUUGCUGGGGACGUACCUCCAUGUUCUAGUGGUUCUGACAGUUCCAAAGCAGCCAUGGGCUCAGGUGCAUCAACUUUCUCUUUUAUUCCUCCUUCUCAAGCCACUUUAGCCCCUACCCCUGCGACCUCUCCCAUGGCACCAUUUCCUCCUUCAUUCAGCUUUGGAUCAUCAAGCUUUAAGCCUACCGUGGAAAGCACACCGUUGUCAAAUGUAGGGAUAAAGCCCUCCUUCCCACCCUCGGUCAAGGUCAACCUUAAUGAAAAAUUUACCACCACGGCUACUGCUGCACCUAUGAACAGCUCACAGAGUGGGCCCUCAAUGCCGCCAUUCUCUUCUGCCUCCAAGCCAGCUUCUGGGUCUCUCAGCCACCCUACACCUCUCUCAGCAUCGACUAGUUCCAUGUCGUCAAAGCCCUCAGUCUCUUCCUCAGCUUCAGGGCGAUCUGCUCAGGGGAGCCCCGUGCCCUCAAUGGUACAGAAGACACCCAGGAUAACACCUCCAGCGGCAAAGUCAGGCUCAGCCCAGGCAAAAUCAGUUCAACCUCCUAUUAUAGAGAAGCAGGGACAUCAUCAAUGGAAAGAGUCAGAUCCUGUGAUGGCUGGAAUUGGGGAGGAGAUUGCACACUUUCAGAAGGAGCUAGAAGAGUUGAAAGCCCAAACUUCUAAAGCCUGUUUCCAAGUGGGUACUUCUGAAGAGAUGAAGAUGUUGCGGACAGAAUCAGAUGACUUGCAUGCCUUUCUUUUGGAGAUUAAAGACACCACAGAGUCUCUUCAUGGAGAUAUAAGCACUCUGAAGACAACUUUACUUGAAGGAUUUGCUGGUGUUGAAGAAGCCAGAGAACAAAAUGAGAGAAAUCGUGACUCUGCGUAUCUUCAUUUGCUCUACAAGAGACCUCUGGAUCCCAAGAGUGAGGCUCAACUCCAGGAAAUUCGGCGCCUUCAUCAAUAUGUGAAAUUUGCUGUCCAGGAUGUAAAUGAUGUCCUAGACUUAGAAUGGGAUCGACAUCUGGAACAAAAGAAGAAACAAAAGCGCCUGCUUGUGCCAGAACGAGAGACACUGUUUAACACCCUUGCCAACAACCGGGAAAUCAUCAACCAACAGAGGAAGAGGUUGAAUCACUUGGUGAACAGUCUCCAGCAGCUCCGUCUUUAUAGCCAAACCUCCCAGUGGAACCUCCCAGUAACUGUUCCUUCCCAAAGUACCACUCAGAGUUUUGACAGUGACCUUGAAAGCCUGCGUCAUGCUUUGCUGAAAACUACCAUAGAAUCUCAUACUAAAUCCGUGCCCAAAGUACCAGCCAGACUGUCUCCUGUGAAACAGGCACAGCUGAGAAACUUCUUGUCCAAGAGAAAGACCCCACCAGUGAGAUCCACUGCUCCAGCUAGUCUGUCUCGGUCAGCUUUCCUGUCUCAAAGAUACUAUGAAGACCUGGAUGAAGACAGCUCAACAUCCUCUAUUUCCCAGUCUUUGGAAAGUGAAGAUGCACGGCCCUCCUGUAAAGAUGACGAGGCAGUGGUCCAGGUCCAUCGGCAUGCCCCAGUGGUGCGCACUCCUUCCAUCCAGCCCUGUCUCUUGCCUCAGGCAGCUACUCUUUCUAAAUCUCACCUCAUUCAUGGUUCACCUGGUGUGAUGGGAAAUUCAAUGUCUACAUCUACUAGCAAAAUUAUUCCUCAAGGGGCUGAUAGCACAAUGCUUGCCACAAAAACUGUGAAGCAUGGUGCACCUGGUCCUUCCCAUCCCAUUUCAGCUCCCCAGGCAGCCGCCGCUGCAGCGCUAAGACGACAGAUGGCCAGUCAGGCACCAGCUGUAAGUACUUUGACUGAGUCAACUUUGAAGAAUGUUCCUCAGGUGGUAAACGUGAAAGAAUUGAAGAAUAACCCUACAGCCCCCUCUGCAGCCGUGGGUUCUUCAGUACCAUAUUCUACAAGCAAAACAUCCCACCCAUUGUUGACCUCAGUGGCUGCUAAUCAAGCUAAACAGACCUCUCUGAAGCCAUCUGGACCCACAGUAGCAUCUGGCCCAUUAUCUGGUGAUAAAGCUUCAGGGCUAAGAGCAACCAAGGUAGAAGCAGCUGUGACUUCAACUCCAUCUGCUAUGGGGCAUUUCUCUAAGACUUUCCCAUCAGGGACUAACUUUAAUUUUGGGAUGGUCACAUCAACACUGUCUUCUAAUUUCACUGCCACACAAGGAGCAAUGCUCACUAAGGAGUCACAACAGCUGGACCCAUUUCCACUAACUGGGGGAAGCAAACCUUUAUAUGAGACCGUUCCUGAAAGCUCACCUCCCUCAGGAAUCACAAUGUCAAAUACCACCACCAGCGCUGCUGUGUCUUCUCCAGGAGAGGCUACUCCAUCGUGCAGCAGACCUGUGGCACCUUCUGGGAUGUCUCUUUCUGGCACCUCUGGCAAGCUGGAAACUCCAUCAUCUAAAUUGGGAGAGCUCCUAUUUCCAACUUCCUUGACUGGAGAGACUCUAGGAAGUUUUUCAGGAUUGCGAGUUGGCCCAGUAGAGGAUUCUACAAAGCCAGCCAGCAAGCCCUCAGCAACAAGCCUAACUACAGCCCAGCCACCCAAGGCUUCAGCUGUCUCCUCAGGUUUUAGUCUUACCAGCCCCCCAGUGUUAGGAAAAACUGUGGAGCCCCCUUUGACCUCUUCUGUAACCACCAGCCCAGCAGCAUCUACUAGCACUAGUAGUAAUAGCUCUGCUAGCAUGUUUGGCAUUUUGCCCUCAACCAGUGCAGGCUCCUCAGGGGUGAUGAGUUUUGGUGGGAUCUCUCUAAGUGGUAGCAAAACUGUUUUUUCAUUUGGAAGCCAACAGACAAGUAGUAUAGUGACCCCCUCUGCCCCUCCACCUGCUACCACUGCUACCCCUCUCCCUGCAUCAUUCCCUACCUUAUCAUUUGGUGGUCUCCUGAGCUCAGCCGCUGCUCCCACCCUGCCUGUCUCCUCUGGUAAAAGCACAGAGGAGACCACAUUGUCAGCUUUGCCUGAGAAGCCAGGCAAUAGUGAAGCCUCAGCGCCAGCUGUGUCACUCCCAGGGCAGCAGCAGCCGGCCCUGCUUCCCCAGGCUCCUCUGCAAACUUCUGACUCUGUGAGGAAAGAACCCAUUCUCACGUCACCUGUAGUCAGCAGCGUAGUCAGCACCCCCACUACUGUUGCAUCCAGUACCAGUCUCACAACACCUUCUACAGAGGUGACUCCCACAGCCCCUACAGUCUCUGAUAUUCAGGCAGAGCCAGCAUCUCCUGCUGCAGCCCUUUCAGUGUCGGGGACAACUGCUGUCACACCAACCACCAUCCCAAGUGUGGACUCUGUUGCUGCAGAAACAUCAAGCCCUCCCACAACUUCUACUGCUAUUUCUAGUAUUGCUUCAAGCCCAGUUACAGAGACAGCAGUGUUUGGCACUGUCACUUCUAGCUCAUCUGUCUUUCCUCAACCACCUACAGCCAGUUCUAGCUCAGCUUUCAGUCAGCUUACUAGCAACACUGCUACUUCCCCCUCCAGCACCCCUGUUUUUGGGCAAGUGGCAGCCAGCACUGCACCAGGCCUUUUUGGGCAGCAGAACAACAGCAUAGCCAGCACAGCAGCCACCACAGCACAGGUCAGCAGCUCGGGAUUUGGCAGCCCAGCCUUUGGCACUUCUACUACAGGAGUCUUUGGACAGACCACCUUUGGACAGGCUCCAGCCUUUGGGCAGGUGACCAGUACCCCUGCGAGCAGCUUCUCAUUCAGCCAGCCCGCUUUCAGUUCUACGACCCCAUUUGGUCAGUCCACUUCUUCCACCCCCACGUCUACCAGUGGGAAUGUGUUUGGUGCCUCUUCAAGUACCAGUAGUUCUAGCUCCUUCUCCUUUGGACAGUCUUCUGCCAAUUCAGGAGGGGGACUAUUUGGCCAAAGCAGUCCUCCUACUUUUGGGCAGAGUCCUGGUUUCGGGCAGGGAGGCUCUGUGUUUGGCAGUACCUCAGCCACCACUACGACAGCAUCAUCCUCUGGGUUUAAUUUUUGCCAAUCUUCAGGGUUUGGAUCUAGUAAUACUGGUUCAUUGUUUGGUCAAACAGCCAGUUCUGGUGGAACAGUCUUUGGCCAGCAGUCAUCCUCUUCCAGCAGUGGCGUGUUUGGGUCUGGAAACACUGGAAGAGGGGGAGGUUUCUUCAGUGGCCUUGGAGGGAAACCCAGCCAGGAUGCAGCCAACAAAAACCCAUUCAGUUCAGCCAGUGGAGGCUUUGGCUCUACAGCCACCCCAAAUACCUCUAACCUAUUUGGAAACAGUGGGGCCAAGACAUUUGGUGGAUUUGCCACUUCAUCAUUUGGAGAACAGAAACCCACUGGCACUUUUAGCUCUGGAGGAGGAAGUGUGGCAUCUCAAGGAUUCGGUUUUUCUACACCAAACAAAACAGGUGGCUUUGGUGCUGCUCCAGUGUUUGGCAGCCCUCCUACUUUUGGGGGAUCCCCUGGGUUUGGAGGGGUGCCAGCAUUCGGUUCAGCCCCAGCCUUUACAAGCCCUCUGGGCUCGACGGGAGGCAAAGUGUUCGGAGAGGGUACUGCAGCUGCCAGCGCAGGAGGAUUCGGGUUUGGAAGCAGCAACAACACCACAUCUUUUGGUACCCUGGCGAAUCAAAAUGCCCCAACUUUUGGAUCACUAUCCCAACAGACUUCCGGCUUUGGCACCCAGAGUGGAGGAUUCUCUGGCUUUGGAUCUGGAGGAGGAGGAUUCAGCUUUGGAUCAUCUAACUCGUCUGUCCAGGGCUUUGGUGGCUGGAGAAGCUGAGUGGAUGUCAGUGUUCCUUUCAGUUCCUGUGAUCACUGCUUUCUCAGCCCCUCUUCACUGAGAAACACUGCACCAGGCUUUCUACAUGGACAUUGUCACUCAAACACCAGAAGGAAACAGCAGAAACCAAAACUCUUAGGAUGCUCCAUUGCUUGUUUUCUACGACUUUAUGUUCUGUGUUGGUGUCAUCUCCCCUCACACUGCUAUUAAACUUUUCAGUCUGUUUCUAUACAUAAUGUAUGUGGGCUUUUUCAGGUCACCGUAAAGAAGAAGAGUGGCCUCGUUUUCUAUAGUCCUGAGCAAUCUGCACAGCAUUCAUUGACCAGCAGUGUUUUUUCAGGGUUGCAUCAGCAGCCCCCAACAUAGGGUGUUUAAUAAAUAAAGGAAACAGGCAGGUGGUUCUCCCAGACAGUCCCCAGGUUUUGUCUCCUUGAGUCUAGGGCUGCCCACUAGUGAAGAGGUUGAGUACUGGCCAGCCAUCUUUUCAAGGCCAUUACUGUCUCCUUGUGUCCUUUUUGCUGUUGAGUAUCAUGACCAUCCGACUGCCAAGUUUAUGAUCAGCUGGAGGUAGAGAUGCAUGCAAGCAUGAGCUAAGUUUCAGUAUAGUUAGCAUGAGGCAAGCAUGGAAAACAGACCCCAGAGUGCUAAUGGUGGGCAGGCUACCCUUGGGAUACCGUGUAGUGCCACAGUAAUUUCUUCUAUUCCAGAGAGGAGGUGGUUGGCUGGUUGAUUGAGGAGACAGCCUUUAUCUCCAGUAGGCGACAGUGAUGUUGAUAAUUAAGCAGGGCCACUAUCUCUUAACCUCAGUGGAGAUAACCUUUGGGUCAGCUCUGGAGUUGAGAAGACAUUGCCACCACGCAAAACCUCAAUAGUGUUUGCUUAGAAAGCAUAACUUCAAUCUUUUUAAGUGCUUAAGGACCUGGGCAUAUGGCAUUUCCUGGACUUAGAAUGUUCUAGACCAUGUCUGACAAUAAAGACUACCUCCUAUAAGCAAUUAUGUUUUGAACCGAGAAUAUGGCAGGGCUUUGGCUUGGGUCAGUAGCAGGGGAGGACUGAAAAGGGACAGUUGUAGUUUUCACAUAUUGGAAAAGUUGUAUUUUACAAUGUUCAAUAAAAGUUUUCCAUGUG